CAAGAGGGGACCCCUGCUCCACGGUGCCCCCUGCAGUCUGGCACUGGGCUCAGCAGCAGCAGGCAAGCCGGACCAGGAUGGCGGAGAACGGGCUGGGAUGGCGGGGCAAAGUGCUGAACCUGGAGUCCAUGAACCCCUGCAUCAAGAAGGUGGAGUACGCCGUGCGGGGCCCCAUCGUCACCCGAGCCGUCCAGCUGGAGAAGGAGCUCAAAGAGGGAGUGAAGAAACCUUUCACCGAGGUGAUCCGAGCCAAUAUCGGUGAUGCCCACGCCAUGGGGCAAAAGCCAAUCACUUUCCUGCGCCAGAUCUCCGCCCUCUGCAUGUGCCCAGAGCUUCAGAACAACCCCAACUUUCCAAAGGAUGCCAAGGAGAAAGCCAGCAAGCUGCUGGCAGCAUGUGGGGGGCAGAGCAUCGGUGCUUACAGUGCUAGCCCAGGGAUCGACUGCAUCCGCCAAGACGUAGCCAGCUUCAUUGAGAGAAGAGAUGGGGGCAUUUCAUCCAACCCAGAGAACAUCUUCCUUUCCACAGGCGCCAGUGAUGCCAUCGUGACCAUCCUGAAGCUGCUGGUGUCGGGGGCGGGGCGUUCCCGCACAGGGGUGCUCAUCCCCAUCCCCCAGUACCCCCUCUACUCAGCAGCCCUGGCGGAGCUGAACGCUGUGCAGGUCAACUACUACCUGGACGAGGACAACUGCUGGGCCCUGAACGUGGAGGAGCUGCGGAGAGCAGUGCGGGAAGCUCGGAAGCACUGCCACCCCCGGGCCCUGUGCAUCAUCAACCCGGGCAACCCCACCGGGCAGGUUCAAAGCCGCAAAUGCAUCGAAGACGUCAUCCACUUUGCUUGGGAGGAGCAGCUCUUUCUCCUGGCUGAUGAGGUUUAUCAAGAUAACAUUUAUGCCAAGGGCUCCGAAUUCCACUCCUUCAAGAAGGUGCUCUUUGAGAUGGGGCCCAAGUACUCGGGAACGCUGGAGCUGGCCUCCUUCCACUCCAUCUCCAAGGGCUUCAUGGGCGAGUGUGGUUUCCGGGGAGGCUACAUGGAAGUGAUUAACAUGGACCCCGGGGUCCAGCAGCAGCUCUCGAAGCUGGUCUCGGUGCGUCUGUGUCCCCCCAUUACCGGGCAGAUCGUCCUGGAUGCCGUGGUGAACCGGCCUCAGCCUGGAGACCCCUCCUACGAACUCUUCGACCAGGAGAAGCAGGCUGUGCUGGCGGCCCUCGCCGAGAAGGCACGGCUCACGGAGGAGGCCUUGAAUCGAGCCCCUGGCUUCCGCUGCAAUCCGGUCCAGGGGGCCAUGUACGCCUUCCCCCAGAUCCAGUUGCCCCCUCGAGCUGUGGAAGCGGCCAAGGCCCAAGGGAAGGCCCCGGACAUGUUUUUCUGCCUCCAGCUGCUGGAAGAGACGGGGAUCUGCGUGGUGCCAGGGAGCGGCUUUGGGCAGAGGGAGGGCACCUUUCACUUCAGAAUGACCAUCUUGCCCCCCGUGGAGAAGCUCCAGAUCCUGCUGCAGAAGCUGACCCAGUUUUACGCCAAGUUCGUCCAGGAAUAUUCCUAACCUGCAGGGCCCCAGCACCGGGGGUGGGUGGGAAGGGGCACCGGAGGGAGGCUGGGGCAAGGGUAGGGAAGACUCCAACCUCCACAGUCACCUUCCAGCGGCCCCCUGGUCCUGUCACGGCCACCCUCUGCAAGGCCCGCUCCUGUCCGAGCAAUAAAAGAUGGCGGCACGCGGAAUGGC